CUUUACAGUUUACUGAUCGGGACGACGUCUUUUUCUCCAGAUCUCGAUUCUCUCUACCUUCCCUUCCCUUAAAACGACUCAGAAUCGAAUCAAAACGAUAAUUGGCCUUCGUCUUCCUUACCUCAACCAACCCUCACUCCCGUCCACCCUCAGCUUUAUCUCCAGUUUAAUAUUACACUUCUCUUUCGAGAAGCAAAAAGCCUUUUUUUUCUCUUCUUCGGUUCUUCGUCUGCUUCUCGCUCUCAGUCUCACUAGUCAUUACUCUCAGUAAUUUACUCAUUCUUUCUGCAAACCCUUCUUCAAACCGUCCUGACUUUUCGAUUUGACAACUCUCAGCCGUUUUUGCAGAGAGAAAGAGAGAGAAAAGUGCAUUUAGUUGAGCGUCUGGAGCCGAGUUCUAGUCAAUUGAGGCUUUGACAGAUAAGGUCGAUUCGUCUUGUCUGUCCCCUUCUUUGCAAUAAUAUUAGCGCAUUAAAACCUCUGUGGACACUUUGAAGCAGCAAUUCUUAAACCUCCUCUGCAGUUUGUAACGCGAUUCCAUUACUAGCGGCGCACUCUUCGCUUUUCUUCCCACCUUCAAAAAAGAAGAAAACGGAUUAGACUCGUCUCUUUCUCCCAUUCAAUAAAGGUGGAAACUAAAAAAGAAACGGAUUUCCUUGUAUACAAACAUUUGUCCAGACUCUAGUGUGUUCAUCGCUUUCUGAAUCCCUCACUAGAAAGGGACUUCUCAAAUAAGUUUCUGUUACAGAUCUAGGACUCAAAAGGGCCUCCAUUAAAUAAAAUCACAAAAUAAUGUUGCCUCAGAAGCAAGCGGAAGAAGCCAUAGUGACUAACUACAGCGAAACAACAGAGCCUGAUGGGAAGGAGGAAGAGGCAGAAGUUCAGUCCAAGUUCAGUAUGAAGAGCAUUCUCUGGCACGGUGGCUCUGUUUAUGAUGCCUGGUUCAGCUGCGCUUCCAAUCAAGUAGCCCAGGUUCUGCUCACGCUACCCUACUCGUUCUCUCAACUGGGUAUGCUUUCUGGUAUCUUAUUUCAGCUCUUCUAUGGCAUCAUGGGUAGCUGGACUGCCUACCUUAUAAGCGUUCUAUACAUCGAGUACCGCAGCCGGAAGGAGAAGGAAAACGUGAGCUUCAAGAACCAUGUUAUUCAGUGGUUCGAAGUACUGGAUGGGUUGUUGGGUCCAUACUGGAAAGCAAUUGGACUGGCUUUCAACUGUACAUUUCUCCUUUUUGGAUCUGUUAUACAGCUCAUAGCUUGCGCAAGUAACAUAUAUUACAUAAACGAUCGAUUGGAUAAGAGGACAUGGACGUACAUCUUCGGAGCUUGUUGUGCAACGACGGUGUUCAUACCUUCUUUUCACAACUACCGUAUUUGGUCUUUCCUGGGACUUGGGAUGACCACCUACACUGCCUGGUACUUGACCAUCGCCGCUCUAGUCCACGGCCAGGUUGAUGGAGUACAACACACGGCUCCGACGAAACUGGUUCUGUAUUUCACCGGCGCCACCAACAUCCUAUACACUUUCGGUGGACAUGCUGUCACUGUUGAAAUAAUGCACGCAAUGUGGAAGCCACAAAAGUUCAAGUACAUUUACUUGAUAGCAACGCUGUAUGUGUUCACUCUAACACUUCCAUCGGCGGCCGCUGUAUACUGGGCCUUCGGGGAUCAGCUCCUCAACCACUCCAAUGCCUUCUCCCUCCUUCCCAAGAAUGGUUUUCGUGAUGGCGCCGUUAUCUUGAUGCUCAUUCAUCAGUUCAUAACAUUUGGAUUCGCUUGUACGCCAUUGUAUUUUGUGUGGGAGAAGGUGAUAGGGAUGCACGAUACCAAGAGCAUAUGCCUGAGAGCAUUGGCGAGGCUGCCUGUGGUGAUACCCAUCUGGUUCUUAGCCAUUAUCUUCCCAUUCUUUGGACCCAUCAACUCUGCUGUUGGUGCUCUCUUGGUUAGCUUCACCGUCUACAUUAUCCCUGCCCUUGCUCAUAUGCUUACCUACAGGAAAGCCUCUGCUCGACAGAAUGCUGCGGAGAAGCCUCCUUUCUUCCUCCCAAGUUGGACAGCCAUGUAUGUGAUAAAUGCGUUUGUGGUCGGGUGGAUCUUUGUGGUUGGAUUUGGGUUCGGUGGUUGGGCUAGCAUGACCAAUUUUGUCAAGCAAGUCGACACAUUUGGCCUCUUUGCUAAGUGUUACCAGUGUAAGCCACCUCCUACGGUUGCUCCUGCUCCCAAACAUCACUAGUAAACCAAGUCUUAACCCAAUGAAGAACCGGCUGAUGAAGAACCGGGUUGGUCCACAGCAAUAGAGUCUGUGUCUUGUAUUAUACACGUUAGUGGGGGUGGUAGGGGAGUGGCAAAGUUUACCCCAAAUGUGGUGUUGCUUUUUUUUUUUUCAUUUGGGUUUAUUUUAUUUUAUUGAAUUUCUUAUUAGUGGUAUAAGAAGAAUAGAUAGACAGAUAGAUGGGAUGGAUAGUGUGGAAAUGUUGAUUCUUAUGCUUUUAAAGUUGAUGUAUGCAGAAGUUCAUCUUUUUUUUCUUUCUUCUUUUAAGUUUCUAAGGUUCAUUUUGACAAGAAUAUUAGUAUAUAAAUGGGUUUGUUUAUCA